AUGCGCUGCCCCAAGUGCCUUCUCUGCCUGUCAGCACUGCUUACGCUCCUGGGCCUCAAAGUGUACAUCGAGUGGACAUCAGAGUCUCGGCUGAGCAAGGUCUAUCUGGGACCCCAGGGCACCCUGCCAGGCCCCACACCUGCCAGUACUGAGCCCACCCUGCCAGCUAAUCUCUCGGCCCGUCUGGGCCAAACUGGCCCACUGCCGUUGGCUUACUGGAACCAGCAGCAGUGGCGGCUGGGGGCCCUGCCCAGUGGGAACGGCACGGAGCAGGGAGACUGCCGGGCUUGGGGGGCUGCCGCGGCUGCUGAAAUCCCCGAUUUCACCUCCUACCCUGAGGACCUCCGCCGCUUCUUGCUGUCAGCAGCCUGCCGGAGCUUCCCUCAGUGGCUGCCUGGAGGGGGCCGUGGCCAAGUGCCCAGCUGUGGGGAAACCAAUAUCCCCUACCUGCUGCUGGCUGUCAAGUCGGAACCAGGGAGAUUUGCUGAACGACAGGCCGUGAGGGAGACCUGGGGUGGUCCCGCUCCUGGAACCCGCCUGCUCUUCCUGCUGGGGUCCCCAGUAGGUGAGGGGGGUCCUGACCUAGGCCCUCUGGUGGCCUGGGAGAGCCACCGCUACAGUGACCUGCUUCUCUGGGACUUCCUCGACGUUCCUUUCAAUGAGACACUCAAGGACCUGCUGCUGCUGUCCUGGCUUGGCCACCACUGUGCUGGUGUGAGCUUCGUCCUGCAAGCUCAGGAUGAUGCUUUUGUGCACACUUCUGCCCUGCUGGACUACCUGCAGGCGCUGCCUCCCAGCUGGGCCCGAGGCCUCUACCUGGGGGAGGUCUUUACGCAAGCCAAGCCCCUCCGGAAGCCUGGGGGACCUUUCUACGUGCCCCUGUCCUUCUUUGAAGGUGACUACCCGGCCUAUGCCAGCGGGGGUGGCUACAUCAUCGCUGGGCGCCUGGCACCCUGGCUGUUGCAGGCAGCAGCCCGUGUGGCACCAUUCCCCUUCAACGAUGUCUACAUUGGCCUGUGCUUCCGUGCUCUUGGCCUAGCGCCCAGGGCCCACAUAGGCUUCGUCACAGCCUGGCCGGCAGACUUUAGGCCUGACCCCUGCGCUCUCAGUGAACUGCUGCUGAUGCGACCCAUCAGACCCCAGGACAGCAUCUGGCUCUGGAAACACCUGCAGGACCCUCAGCUCCAAUGCUGA